AUGGGUGUACUUGAAAACAUCAUCAGGGUAUCUUUUGUGGCUAUACUCAUCAAAUUGGCCAUGGCUACAAAUCACAUUGUUGGAGGACCGAAUGGUGGGUGGGAUACAAACUCAAACCUUCAAUCAUGGGCGUCAUCCCAAAUAUUUUCAGUGGGAGACAAUCUCAUUUUUCAGUACCCUCCAAACCAUAACGUGGCUGAAGUUACUAAGGCAGACUAUGACUCCUGCCAGCCAACUAACCCAAUUCAAUCUUACAAUGAUGGCUCCACAACCAUCCCUCUCACUUCACCAAAAAAAAGAUACUUCAUCUGUGGGACACCAGGACAUUGCAGCCAAGGAAUGAAGGUUGAAAUAGACACUCUUGCCAGUGCAACUUCUCCUGCACCAUCAGCAGCUCCUUCACCUGCAGAUUCCCCAGUUAUUUCCAUCAUUCCUUCUCCUGCUUCAGAAGAAUCUACUACUUCACCAGCAGAAUCUCCUGAAUAUAUUCCAGCAGCACCAAGUCCAUUGUUAGAAACACAUAUUGAAAGUCCUACACUCUCUCCAGUCAUUCCUUCCACUGAAUUUCCAGCUGCUGCCUCACCUCUAGCACAACAUUCACCAGACCUCUCAGUUUCAUCGACCAGGAAAGGCAAUCUACACACCUCCAUUGCGAUAGUGUUAAGCUUACUAAUGAUGCUUAUGGCCUUCUAA